AUGACAAAGAUAAAAUGGCUGGAUUUGAUCUUAUUUGGUGCAGUUUUGGUUGCUGUUUCUUCAAGUGGGGUAGGCAUGGCAGAUCCACACUUUAGUGCAAUGUUUGUUUUUGGUGAUUCGAUAAUUGAUCCGGGAAACAACAACUACUUGAAUUCCUUAGCAAAAGCCAAUUACGUACCUUAUGGGGUGGAUUUCAGUGAAGGACCUUCUGGUAGAUUCUCCAAUGGAAAAACCAUUAUAGAUUACUUGGGAGACUUGUUGGAAAUUCCAGCUCUACCAGCUUAUACAAAUCCUUUUGCUACUGGAAAAAACAUUCUGAGGGGAGUGAACUAUGCUUCUGCUGCUGGAGGAAUUCUUGAAGAAACAGGACAAAAUCUUGGUGAAAGAUUCAGCUUAUCAGAUCAAGUUCAGAACUUUGAAGACAACUUGAAUCAAUUGAAAAGCCAAAUGGAUGAUCAAGAAUUGAGCAUUUAUUUGGCCAAGGCACUGGUUAUAUUAAUCCAUGGUAGUAAUGAUUACAUCAAUAAUUAUUUGCUUCCUUCAAUUUUCUCCACUGGCUAUGUUUACAGCCCCAAAGACUAUGCUGAUAUUCUGGUUAAACGCUACACCAGGCAAAUCUUGGCACUUCGAAACUUGGGACUAAGGAAAUUCUUUAUUGGAGGAAUAGGGCCGCUUGGUUGCAUUCCUAAUCAACUGGCCACUGGACUUACUCCUCCAGGGAAGUGUGUGGCCUUCACAAAUGAAGUAGUCAGGAUGUUUAACACACGACUCAUAUCUCUUGUUGAUCAGCUAAACUCAAACUAUACAGGAUCUAUUUACGCCUAUGGAAAUACUUUUGGAGCAUUUUAUGACAUCCUAAACAAUUCCAAGGAAUAUGGAUUUAGUGUGAUAGACAGAGGAUGCUGUGGAGUUGGAAGAAACCAAGGGCAGAUAACAUGUCUUCCAUUCUCAGUCCCAUGUGCUAAUAGGAAUCAGUAUAUUUUCUGGGAUGCUUUUCAUCCCACACAAGCCGUGAAUCAAAUUCUGGCACGAAGAGCUUACUCCGGCCCAACAUCAGAUUGUUAUCCAGUAAAUGUACAACAAAUGGCACAGAUGUAA